UCUGGCCUUCCUGGGAGCCGCCGCUCCAGAGCAAGAGGAGCAGAGGAAGGCACCGGCGACGCCCGAGAUGCCGCCGGGAGUCUCACCGGCGUCCGCGGAGGCUUGGACAUGGGAGAACGCCGCCGCAGGAGCCGCCGCGGGCUUCGCCACCGUCGCGACCCUCCACCCGCUCGACGUCGUCCGCACCCGCUUCCAAGUGAGCGGCGGGAGGGGAUGCUCCGACGUGCCGCCCUACAGGAACACGGCGCACGCUGUGUACACCAUCGCACGAUCUGAGGGCCUCAAAGGACUUUAUGCAGGCUUUUAUCCAGCAGUUCUUGGAUCAACUGUUUCCUGGGGGCUAUAUUUCUUUUUUUAUAACAGAGCUAAACAAAGGUACUUACAAGGGAAAGAUGAUCAGCUCCGUCCAGUCCACCAUCUGGUCUCAGCUGCAGAAGCAGGUGCUUUGGUUUGCCUGUUUACAAACCCCAUAUGGCUGGUAAAAACAAGACUGCAACUACAAACACCUAGCCAUCACACCUCAAGAUAUUCCGGAUUUUCUGAUGCUUUGAGAACUAUUCUGAAAGAGGAGGGAUGGCUUGCGCUUUACAGAGGGCUUGGACCUGCGCUUUUGCUGGUUAGUCAUGGUGCGAUACAGUUCACGGCCUAUGAGGAACUUCGCAAAGCUGUGAUAUAUGCAAAAUGUAGACAGACAAGAACAGAGAACAGAACCUAUGAGGAUUCUUUGAAUUCCAUUGAUUAUGCGGCGCUUGGGGCUGGUUCAAAAGUAACUGCCAUUCUGCUAACUUAUCCUUACCAGGUCAUCCGAGCACGCCUGCAGCAACGUCCUGGUAGUGAUGGCACUCCAAAGUACACGGAUGGCUGGCAUGUAGUAAAAGAAACUGCUCGGCAUGAAGGUGUCCGCGGAUUUUACAGGGGCAUCACAUCUAAUCUGCUGAAAAAUCUUCCGGCAGCUUCUCUUACAUUUGUGGUGUAUGAAAAUGUCAUCAAAUUAUUCAAAGCAGCGAAAGAGGAGACAUAGUCGCAACUGUUCAUAGGAGAGACAAGAAAACAAAAUGAGCACCGUCGUCUGGAGUCCGAAGCAGUAUUGAUUUUCACUGCUACGCUAUCGUCUCAUCCAUUUAACAUGUGCAGACUGGAGAAAUGUUAUAUGAGAAGCUGCGAUUGACAUGGUCGUCAUAGAUUUUGUUUUGAGCUACUUAAUUUUUCAUAGAGGAACAUCAGUUUCUGUUUCAUUUCGAAUUAGUUCUUAUGGUGUAGUCCAGUUGCAUACUGUUUGGAUCCUUGUAAUGAGGGGCCUGGUGCCUGUGUACAUUCAUGUCUACGGCUGCACAGCAGAGUUUUAGCAGUUGCACAAAUUCACUUUCUCAGCCGGAAGAAAAUUGUAUAGGGAGGGCCUUCCUGCUCCUCUCAAAAAGCCCUACCUCAGACAAUGGCACGUUCCAUGGUAUCUACUU